AUGAGCGCUCCACAGUCCUGGCGGAAGUGGGAUGAACUGAAAGCACAAUUUACGCAAAUCGAAGUUUUAUUUACCAGGCUCAUUACUAGCAGAGUGUUAGGGCGCUUCCCCAGCGCUGCCCGUCUCGGGGCGCAACAGCGGCGGAGCCACUUGGAACCAGAUCGGCCUUACCGCUGCGAGUAUCCAGGUUGUGAGAGGACCUUCAUAACAGUGAGUGCAUUAUUUUCUCAUAAUCGAGUCCACUUCAGGGAACAAGAAUUGUUUUCGUGCUCCUUCCCAGGCUGUAACAAGCAGUAUGACAAAGCUUGCCGACUGAAAAUCCACAUGAGAAGUCACACAGGAGAAAGACCUUUCAUCUGUGACUUUGAAGGUUGUGGCUGGUCAUUCACCAGCAUGUCUAAGCUAUUAAGGCAUAAAAGGAAACAUGAAGAUGACAGGAGAUUUACAUGCUCUGUAGAAGGCUGUGGAAAAUCUUUUACAAGAGCAGAACAUUUGAAAGGCCAUAGUAUAACUCAUCUUGGUACAAAACCAUUUGAAUGUCCUGUAGAAGGUUGUUGUGCAAAGUUCUCAGCACGCAGUAGUCUAUACAUUCACUCCAAAAAACACCUUCAGGAUGUGGACUCAUUGAAGAUGCGUUGCCCUGUAUCCAGUUGUAGCAAAUUGUUCAAUUCAAAGCAUAGUAUGAAAACACAUAUGGUCAAGCAACACAACUUUAGUGCAGAUCUAUUAAAUCAGAUGGAAACCAUUGGUUCCCUCACACCCAGCAGUGAACUUGCCAGUUCAGGCCAAAGCGACCUCAGCAAUGUAGAUCUGGUGUCCCUUUUUUCUAGUGUAUCUGGGAACUCCUCUGGAAUUUCAGCUGAUAUGGCUCUAAUAAACUCUGGAAUUCUCACUAUAGAUGUUGCUUCAGUAGGUUCUACACUUGGAGGCAGUCUUUCUGUCAGUAGCAAUUCCCUUGCUCAAACAGUUGACCCAUUGAUUUUAGUGGCUAGUAGUGACAUUCCACACAGCCUGGAUAGCUCUCUUUUAUUGGGAACCACCACCACAGUUUUACAGCAAAGCACUUUAAAUUUGGAUGAAGUACAGACUGUGAAUGCAGAAGCCUUAGGCUCAUUAGCAUCUUUGGCAACAAGAAGUUCCAGUCAAGACUUGCAUGGUUUGACCUCUAGCAGUAACUUAUCAGUAGACACAGCCACUUUAACCCCUUCCAGCAGCCUUGGUGGAAACAAUACAUCUGAAUUAUUAGCUCCAAGUAAAGCAGAGCAAACUUUGCUUCCUAGCCUGGAUGUUGUGGAACAACAAGAAGGCAGUAAAGUGGUCACUCAGUUUGUGUUCUCCAAUCCUUCAGGAAGUUACAGUGCACAGAAAGAAACUGAUCUGAGCACGGUGACUGGCAGCUGUUUUCUGGAGAGUGGUGGGUCUGCAAGAACAGAUUAUCGAGCUAUUCAGCUUGCCAAGAAAAGAAAACAAAAAGGAAAUGGGAAUGACAUAGGUUCGACUGACUCUGGCAUAAGAAAAAACAAAAGUGAUAAAGUGAACUGUUUUAGUCAUGGAAAUCGGUUAUGCAACAGUAUUUUGCCAAAUGGAAGUCUAACAGUAAGAGACCCUUCAGCUGGCACGCAGUUUGUUCAAAUUCAGUUGCUUCAGGAUGAUUCUCCAGGAGAAGGAGAUCUACCCUUCCAGCUCAGUUCUCAGUCUUCCUCUUCACACUCUCAGCUGACAGUGGAUUUACCUGUUCAUAUUCUUCAGGAGCCACACAAUUCUGCUGAAGAAGAUGCCAAUUCUGAUAAUUCCCAGUUUACAGGAAGCACCAUUAAUCUACAAGACCUUGAAUGAUUGUAUUGGAGACAGAAGCACUGGAACAUUUGGAUACAGAAGCAUCCUGAGAAAUAAGAGUCUGUUCCUGCUCUUAAAGAAAAAAGUGAAAAUUGGAAGCAUGAUCACCUGUGCUGGCAUGCUUGAUGGUUAUCGUGCAAUGGAAAACUUGUUCAGUAAAUUUUAUUUGAUAAGGUG